AUGUUGCAAACCCUAGUAUCACCCGCAAGCUUUCGCUUCUCGAAUCGAAUAUCCCUCCGAAGCUUCACCGUUCGUGCAUUCACUUCCUCCACCGAUUAUGAAGACCAGUCUCGUGGUGGCCUCCCUCGAUUCUUCUCCGAAACUCUUCCUCCUUCCAAGGGUAAUGUUAUUCGGGUAAAAGGAGAUGAAUUCUGGCACAUGACAAAAGUAUUGAGGUUGUCCAACAAUGCUAGGGUACAGCUCUUCAAUGGGAAAGGGGGUCUUGUAGAAGGAAGUAUACAGAACAUUGACCGCACUGGACUUGAUUUUGUUGCAUUGACUGAUCCGAAGUUAGUACCUCCACAGAAUUUGCAAUUGCAUGUAUUUUCUGGUUUUGGUACUCUGAAGGGUGGCCGUGCCGACUGGCUUGUAGAGAAGUGUACAGAACUUGGAGCCAGUAGUGUUACUCCUCUAUUGACUGAACGUUCUCCGUCAAUCUCAGAAAAUCGGGUGGACAGACUUGAUCGUGUCAUUUUAGCAGCAUCUAAACAAUGUCAGCGACUGCAUGAAAUGAUUCUGAAACCUCCUGUAGAGAUUGGUGAUAUUUUGCAUCUUAUUGCGCAAUCAAAGCUAUCUCUUGUUGCAACAGCAGAAGCAACUCCUGUUCUUAAUGCCUUGUUGUCAUUGGAAAAGGAAACUAGUGGCUUACUCAUAGUCGGACCUGAAGGCGAUUUCACUGAGAAAGAAGUGAAUAUGAUGAUGGAAGCAGGUGCUAAAGCUGUUAGUCUCGGGCCUCAUCGUCUUCGAGUUGAAACUGCCGCAAUAGCACUUUUGUCUACUGUCAUGCUAUGGUCUGACUCUCAACAAACUUCAGUCUCUUGA